CGCCGAGUCAUGGGGAGUUACUCUGAGUAGCCAUGAAAAGAUCGGGCGCCAUGGUCGGCCCGAAGCCGACCAAGGCCUGUGUAAAUUGCCGACGACUGAAGAUGAAAUGCGAAGUAUCCGGACCUCCUCCAUGUCGCCGUUGCCGUCACACUCAAACAGCCUGUGUCUUCAAGCCCCGGGCCAAUGCAUCCGCCAUGCAUGAAUUAAUGGAGAUGCAGCAAGACCCAGCUUUUGCUUCUCUAUCAGUGAUCCCUGAUCACCAGUCGAUUCUGAACCGACUGGCCAGGAUCGAGUCUGCCCUAGGUAUCACCGAGGACCACCAGUCCCCUGAAGAGGAAGUUAGUAUGUCUCGUGAGGCAAGUCUUGAAGAAGACAUUGAAGCCGUGCCACUACAUGGUGUAUGGACAGCGCUUGCGCAUUUACGAGUCAUUACUCGUCCGCCUCCAGAUGAUAGUGUCUGGUCACGAUCCAUUGUUCAGCAGCUAUGGAGCUCCUUCUUGAAAAAUCUCCCACUUCUUCACUUCCUAACAGACCAUAGCGCGUUCGCUUCUCCCACACCUGUUCUGCUCGCUUCUGUGCUUUACAUAUCCGCUCUGCACCAUCCCUCUGGCGGGCUGUCAUCGCUAAACUCGGGUUAUUUUGCCGCUAUGUAUAGUGCUAUCGCUGAGCUUGUGACUCCGGGUUUGCAUCCAAGUUGUCUGCAGACAUUAGAGCACAAGGACGAAGAGCAAAAUGUCUCCCCACAAUCUAAAAGAGAGAAAGCAUUUCACGAUAUCCUUGGGUUGAUCAUGGCUAGCCUGAGCUGCGAGGCUUACGUUGGUGCCACAGGCUCGUGGAUUGCAAUGGCGUAUCGUAUCUGGCUUGAUCAUUGUCCAACAGAGAUGAAUUCCACUACGAAAGACUGGCGUAGCUUGUUCUCCGGUCUGCAGGUCAUUGAUAUCGAACACGCCUCAAUGCACAUGUCUUAUCCACUUCUCCCACGACAUGCUGCAAAUCCAACUAUACAGCGGCUGGAUGGGCAUCAAGGAAAUGCCUUCCAGGGCCUUGCAGAAAUGAUGCAUUUUGGACUGAGUCAUUUUGUCGGCCGUGGGCUACCGAGCAUAUGGUCCUCUCUCCAUGCAGAUGACGCCGACACUGUGCCUAUAGCUCGGUCCCCGUUUACUGAAAAUGACUCGCAGGUCAUCCGGCAUUGGGCACGGAAACUUGAUGACUGGCUGGUUCGAUAUAAUGGUUCAUCCCAGCCCACUCCGUCUGAUCGAAAAGGUAUUCUCAUUCUGCUCCAGUAUCACCUGCACAAACUAUAUGUGCUUUCGAUCUAUCAUCCUGCUCGCGGAUUUGAUCUCAGUCCUGCGAACAUUAGUUCUUUUGAACGGCAUGAGUUGCUCGUUUCGGCUCGGGCAGUGUUGAGGCUGAGACAAGAUGAUGCGAGCAUAUGGUCUAAUUGGGACUUAGUUAUGAUUACAUGGGCGGCCGUAUUACUCCUUCAAGGUGUUGAAGACGGCAUGACUCACCAAGAUGAUUUACACCUCAUCCAAGCACAUCUCCAAAGCCUAGAACGAAGAAACCAAUCCGCUGCAAGCAUUCAUACAGUUUUAUUCCACCGACUCGAGUCUAGCAUGCAAGCCAUGCAUACUCCGCCAGACACAAGCGUGGCAUUAGCAUUCCCAGUCCCAAGCGCAGACGACUCAUGGACUAUAUUUGACCAAGAGAUAAUGUCUCUUGCAAACCCACCAUGGUUAUUCGAUGAAUCGACGCAGCUGCCACAAAUCCAAAAAGCAUCGGCAGUGCACCAGUUACAGUCUGGACUCCCACCUUUCCAGUACGACUCUGCCGUUCUAGCAUCUACAUCCCAACAUUUUGCACCAAAUCCACAAUAGGGCUGCACAUCGGCGAGUCGCGGGUGUUCAAGCAGAUCCCCAGUGUACUAUCAUCAAGCUCGAAAAGGAC